AUGGCCAAUCCCCGCGUCGAGGAGCUUCCCGAGGAGGAGACCAAGAAGCCUACCGUCGAGGAGGAUGAGUCCUCCAGCGAUGAGUCCGAGGCCGAUGCCGGCGACGCCAGCCUCCCCGCCGGCUCGACCGCCGUGAUCCACUCCCGCAACGAGAAGAAGGCCCGCAAGGCGCUCGAGAAGCUGCACCUCACCCGCGUGCACGGCAUCACCCGUGUCACCCUGCGUCGCCCGAAGAACAUUCUCUUCGUCAUCAACAACCCCGAGGUGUACAAGUCGCCCAACAGCAACACCUACAUCGUCUUCGGCGAGGCCAAGAUCGAGGACCUUAACGCCAGCGCCCAGGCGGCCGCUGCCCAGCAGCUCGCCAGCCAGACGGCGGAGCACGACCACGCCGGCCACGCGCACGACCACAAGCACGAGGCUACCAAGGAGGAGGAGGAAGACGACGGCGAGGAGGUGGACGCGGAGGGCAUCGAGGACAAGGACAUUGAGCUUGUCAUGACCCAGGCCAACGUGUCCCGGAAGAAGGCGAUCAAGGCGCUCAAAGAAAACGACAACGAUAUACGAAGCGCAGCUCUCAAGGUCGACUGGGCCAAAAUUACCACGUCGCUCGGCCUGCGCGGCCAGACGGUCGCCGGGCUGCAGGCCUUCAAGAAGCGCAACGACGACGUCCGCCGCAAGGUGCAGGUGCUGUCCGAGCAGCCCACGACUGUCGACUUUGCCUACUACCGCUCCGUGCUCAAAAACCAGGCCGUCGUUGACGAGAUCGAGAAGCGCUUCAACGCAUUCCAGCCCGCCACCUACGACCUCAACCGCCAGCUCAAGGCCAUCGAGGCCUUCGAGGUUGAGGCCAUCAAGAACGCCGAGGCCACCAAGGAGAAAGUCGACCUGGAGCUCAAGGACCUCGAAAAGACGCUAAAGAACAUCGAGGAGGCCCGGCCGUUUGAGGAUCUCACCGUCGACGAGGUCGCCGCUGCGGAGCCCAGCAUCGAUGAGAAGACGGCUAAGCUCGUGUCCAAGGGCCGCUGGUCCGUGCCGGGAUACAAGGAGAGAUUCGGCGACCUCUCUGUGCUAUAA